AUGCUACUAAGAUAUAGAAUACCUGAAAUACUACGUAUAAGAUCACCACUUAAAAAAUGGUACAGUACAGUUAAACCAAUGAGUGCAGCUGAAGAAAUGAGACUCAAAAUAAGUCAAGAACAAACACGAAAAGCAAUUCAAGAAAGAAUAGAUAAAAUCCCCAUUGAAAAUUAUCGAAAUUUUAGUAUUGUUGCUCAUGUUGAUCAUGGGAAAUCUACAUUAUCUGAUAGAUUAUUAGAAUUAACUGGAGUUAUUCAACCAGGUAUGAAAGCUCAAGUAUUAGAUAAAUUAGAGGUUGAAAGAGAACGAGGAAUUACUGUUAAAGCACAAACAGUUUCAAUGUUUUAUAAUGAUGGAAAUCAAGAUUAUUUAUUACAUUUAGUUGAUACUCCAGGUCAUGUUGAUUUUAGAGCCGAAGUAUCUAGAUCUUAUGCAUCUUGUGGUGGUGCAUUAUUAUUAGUUGAUGCAUCACAAGGAGUUCAAGCUCAAACAGUAGCAAAUUUUUAUCUUGCUUAUAGUAUGGGGUUAAAGUUAAUUCCAAUUAUUAAUAAAAUUGAUUUGGAUUCAGCAAAUAUACCAGGUGCUAUGGAACAGGUUGAAACUACUUUUGAAUUGGAUUCAAAUGAUUGUAUUGCAGUAAGUGCUAAAACUGGAUUAAAUGUUGAACAAAUCAUUCCUUCAAUUAUUAAGAAUAUCCCAGCUCCAAAUUGUGAUGAAACUAAACCUUUAAGGGCAUUAUUAGUUGAUUCUUGGCAUGAUCCUUAUGUUGGUGUAGUCAUGUUGCUACAUAUUGUUGAUGGGAAAUUAAAAAAAGGUAUGAAGAUUGUUUCAGCCCAUUCAAACAAAGCAUAUGAUGUUAAAGAAGUUGGAAUAAUGUACCCUGAUAGAACUCCUAUGGAUCAUAUUAAAGCAGGUCAAGUGGCAUAUAUCAUUCCUGGUAUGAAAAAUCCUCGUGAAGCACUUGUAGGUGAUACAUUUUAUCAAUUGGGAAAAUCGGAAGGAUUAGAACCAUUACCAGGAUUUGAAGAACCUAAACCAAUGGUUUUCGUUGGUGCAUUCCCUGCAGAUGGUAGAGAAUUUAAUGCGAUGGAUGAUCAAAUGCAAAAUUUGGUUUUGAAUGACAGAGCAGUCACAUUGGAACAAGAAACUUCAAAUGCUUUGGGAUUAGGUUGGAGAUUGGGAUUCUUGGGUUCUUUACAUGCUUCUGUAUUUAAAGAAAGAUUGGAGAAAGAAUAUGGAGCUCAAAUUAUUUUAACUGCUCCUACUGUUCCAUACAAGAUUUUUUAUAAAAAUGGAACCGAAAAGGUAAUUACAAAUCCUGAUGAAUUCCCAGAUAAUACAAGGCAUCAUGAUGUUGAGAAAUAUUUAGAACCUUAUGUUGAAGCUAUAAUGACAGUUCCCGAAGAAUACAUGGGGAAUGUAAUGACUUUAUGUUUAAAUAAUCGUGGUGAACAAAAGGAUAUUGAAUAUUUAACAACGGGACAAGUUUUACUUAAAUACGAAAUCCCAUUAUCUCAAUUAGUAGAAGAUUUCUUUGGUAAAUUGAAAGGGUGCACUAAAGGGUAUGCAUCAUUAGAUUAUGAAGAAGCAGGAUAUAAGAAAUCAGAUAUUGUCAAAUUAGAACUUUGUGUUAAUGGAGAACCACAAGAUGCCUUAACAACAAUUAUUCAUAAAUCACAAGCUCAAGCAAGAGGUAAAGAGUAUGUUAGUAAAUUUAAAAAAUACUUGAAAAACCAAUUGUUUGAAGUUGCCAUUCAAGCUAAAGUUAAUAAUAAAGUUGUAGCUAGAGAAACUAUUAAAGCUAGAAGAAAAGAUGUUACUCAAAGAUUACAUGCUGCUGAUAUUUCUCGUUAUAAGAAAUUAUUGGAAAGACAGAAAGAAGGUAAGAAACAAAUGAAAGCAACUGGUAAAGUUCAUAUCAAGAAUGAUGCAUACCAAGCAUUCUUACGUCGUGAUGAUUAA